UGGAGGGCUGGCUAAUGAUUAAUGGGAAUGUGGCCCGCUGGUGUGGGGCACUCACUCACACCUUCCCGUGCCUCUGCAUUCAGAGCCCUGCCUAAGAAGUGACACAGCCCUUGGGAGGAACUUCCUGUCACUUGGUGAAGAGUGAUCAGGUUCCUGGGCCACCAGACAGAGUCCAUUCCUGUGUCUGUGUGGAGACAGGAUAGCAGCCAAGGAGCCUGCUGGGAACUGAAAACCUUCUCUGAAGCCCUACAGGGGACGCUUACCUGCCUGAGGGGAGGAGGAUCAUGCGGAGAUGGAGGGCCGUGAGCGUGGCAUCCUGGCAGUGCUGGGCAUCCUGGCUGUGCUGACAGCUUCUGGAUCCAGCUAUCAAAUCAUAGAAGGGCCCCAAAAUGCAACAGUCUUGAAGGGCUCGGAGGCUCGCUUCAACUGCACCGUGUCCCCAGGCUGGAAGCUCAUCAUGUGGGCGCUCAAAGGUACAGUGGUCCUGAGCAUCACACCCCGGGAGCCCAUCAUCACCAAUGACCGCUUCACUUCUGCCAGUUAUGACCUGGAUGGGAACUUUGUCUCUGAGAUGAUCAUCCACGAUGUGCAGCCCAGCGAUUCAGGGCUUGUGAGAUGCAGCCUCCAGAACAGCGACCUGGAUGGAUCCGCUUUCCUCUCAGUCCAAGUUAUGGGCUCCUUGCGCAUCCUCAAUGAUAGUCUGGUAGUUAUUGAGGAUGAACCUUGUAAUGUCACUUGCCAAGCCUUGGGCUGGAUCCCACCCCCGGAUAUUACCUGGGAGCUCGGUGUCCCUGGGAGCCAUACCAGCUACUCCUUUCUGGAGCCUGGCGACCUUCCAUGUGCAGUGAGUGUCCUGGCUAUCACGCCUGAGGGCAACGGGACGCUGACUUGUGUGGCCGAGCUGAAGGGUCUGCAGGCCAGCAAGUCUGUAACUGUACACCUUACUGCGGUUCAGCCUCCGCCAGACAGUAUUGAUAAGCCAAGUACUUCAUUGCCUACCUGGGCCAUAGUUCUGCUUGCAGUAUCAUUUUCAUUGCUUUUGAUCCUGAUCAUUGUUUUGAUUAUAAUAUUCUGCUGCUGUUGUGUCUCCGAGAAAGAGAAAAAAGAAUCUAGUUAUCAAAAUGAAAUGAGGAAAUCUGCAAAUGUGAAGACGAACACAGGAGCUCAUGAGGCGGAGCCAAACAGUGGGAAUGAAAACUAUGGCUAUAGCUCAGAUGAGCUGAUGAGUGCAGAUCACUCUACUCUCCCUCCUAAGUCCAGUGAACGGAGUGUUCCAGCACAGCGUCACAGCAGACCUCCUCAGCAGGAAGCAGAGAAACAUCGGUCCAACCCAGCAAGUCGUCCACAGGUUUCUUUUAACAUUGCCAGUCCUCAGAAGGUCAGGAAUGUGACUUUGGUAUAGUGAAGACUCACUCCACUGCCAAAUCACACUGUGAUGACUGUGUCAUUCCGCUGUGUCCUGGGCCUGGCGGAUAGCUCUAUCCACGUUCCUGAUUGGCCACGUCGGAGUCCCUGGAACUGACACCGCAUAGCAACAGGGAAUCACUUUCCUCAGAUUCCAAGUUGAAUUUGACCUUCAAAAUGUGUCAUGUUUUAGUGAAUUUCUUAAAGUAAAACCUGCUAACUUAUCAUGAUGAUGUUUUUCAUCACCCAACACUCCUGCUUGCUAAUUCAAUAAAUGGUAGAAAAGCCUAUAUUUGGCCACGGCUUGUCAAACAUUUUUAUUUUCCUAAACAUAUUAAUAUUUAUGUGUAUUUAUAAGGUAGGGGCAUGAUUGCGUAUAUCAGUCAAGUAAGAGGAUAAAAUUUAGGAUCAAUCAGAACUCUAAAAUUCACUGGCAAAUUGGAGCUCAAUGUGUUAAAAAUAAGAUGUAAUUUAACACUCGGAGCACAUUUCUAAAUAUCUCACGAUUGGUAUCCACAGGAAGACCAUUGGGUCAUUUCCAUCUGCUCCUGUAUCAUGGCUGCUCUCAUCUUGUCCAGUGAGUCAGAUGUUGGUUCUGCCUGGUAUGGGGGUGAAGUUCACUGACUACAGACAUUGUAAAGAAACUGGAAAUGGAAAAGGCGUCCUUUAAUAAACAAAAAUGAAAACACCAAAAA